UCCAAAAGUGCUCUGUUACAUGCCAAUUUUGACAGUAAUCAAGCCAUGCAGUACGCCAUGUUGGGAAAAUGCCAACCUGUUAAGUUGGAAUUUUUUAAGCAACAAUCUGAAGAUGUGGUUAAUAUAGACAGUGUCUAUUUUCGAAUGAAGCAGCUUUGAAGUUGUCAAGCUCCAUUCCCUUCAAGUCUGAUCUCGUUACUAGUGUAAUCCCAAGCAGAAUAUCAUUUAGCACUGAAGAUACAUCCAAGCUCCUCACAACCAACGACAACAGCAAGAACCAAGGUCAAAGUAACAAUGAAGCGGUAUUUCAAAUGUCGAUAAGGAACUCUGCUGUGUCAAGUUUAUUAAACAAGUUGGGCCCACACAAGAUGAUAGGAAAGGAUAUUUUGAAUGUUCUUAAUUUUGACUACAGACAAAAUCUUCAACUACUAUCACUUGUACCUUCAAUUUUUAACGGGGCAAUAAUCCAAGACAGCUAUUUUACCCUUCUGACAUGUGGUAACUUUUCUGGCACCUCUAGCCUCAAAUCUUGAGAUUCUAAAGGAUCGAUAGGCCAC